AUGUUAGCCACGCCGUCAUGUGUUAUAGACAUGACAAGAUUUUCAAGUUUAACUAAGCUAAAGCGAACGGUCGCCUGGGUCAUCCGAUUUAUAGAUUUGUGUCGUCACAAGAAAGUGGAAGGGUGCCUGACCGCCGAGGAAUUGAAAGUAGCCGAAAUUUUCUUAUGCCGCCUUGCCCAAUCUGCCUCGUACUCACUUGAGAUUAAUCAAUUGCAAGAAGGUGGAAAUGUAGUGAAGGGGUCUGAGUUAUACACACUCUCCCCGUUUAUCGACACAGAAGGUGUUAUGCAUGUUAGCGGACGUAUCGAUGCUGCCAGCUGGCUUCCGUAUGAUACCACGCGACCUAUUAUCCUAGCACCAAAUCAUGAUCUCACUCGUUUGAUCUUACUGGACUGUCAUAAUCGGAUGAAACAUCAGAACGUGGAGGCGACGAUAUGUGAGGUUCGGCAAAGAUACUGGGUGCCGAACAUACGACGUGCUAUGAAGAAGAUCAUAUCGACAUGUCUUAUUUGUAAAAUUUCCAAGUGCAUACCCUCACAGCCUAUGAUGGGUCAAUUACCAAAGGAUCGACUAACGCCGUUCGUGAGGCCAUUUUCUUACACAGGUAUUGAUUACUUUGGUCCUCUCAACGUAACGGUUGUUGCCGAUCUUUCGACUGAUGCAUGCAUUCUUGCAAUUCGAAACUUUAUCAAUCGUCGCGGUAUGCCAGUAAGGAUUCGUAGCGACAACGGUAAGAACUUCGUAGGAGCCAACAAUGAAGGAAAACGAUUUUCCGAGGUAUUUGAUUGUCAUCGCAUUCAGGACGAUCUUGCUGCGAAAGGAAUCGAAUGGAUAUUCAAUUGUCCGAACAAUCCUGCAGAAGGUGGCAUAUGGGAGCGUAUGGUAAGGGGUGUAAAGCGUGUCCUCAAUGUAACUUUAAAGGAAGUUGCACCUCGCGAGCACACGCUACAGAGCUUGUUAAUUGAAGCCAAGAACAUCGUCAACUCCAGGCCACUUACACAUUUGCCGCUGUCAUCAGAUCAGGAUGAACCGCUCACUCCGAAUCAUUUCUUGCUUGGUACUGCCAAUACUUCGCAAACGCCAGCCGUUCAUGAUGUCGUCACGAAACCCUGCGCACUUGGUAAACAGUGGCGCAUUGCCCGACAGUUGAGAGACACGUUCUGGAGACGAUGGAUUCUUGAGUAUUUGCCGACACUUACGCGUCGAAUGAAGUGGUGCGAAAGACCAAAACCAAUCAGGUUGGUGAUCUGGUAUUUGUAUGCGACGUUAACAUGCCGCGGAAGCAAUGGUGCCGUGGUCGGGUAGAACCGGUACAGCGUGGAUCUGAUGGCGUUAUCAGGAGAGCCGAUGUACGCACCAGCAGUGGAAUCCUUCGUCGCCCCGUGUCAAAGUUAGCCGUUUUGGACGUGGAGUAAGUGAAUCGGAGCGAUUCACGGAGAGGGGGAUGUAACAAAACGGCGGUUAUUUGUAACGAAUUUAUAGUUAAUAGUUUUAAUAGUUUAAGGAUCACUGUGAAUUAUUAGUUUAAGCACAUUAUUGUGAAUUAUCGCAGUGUCCUUUACUCCCGACGUUCGCUUUCGGUGUCCAUACUGUUGGAACUCCGAUUAUAAAUCACUCAAUUUCCGAACGCCGAAGAGAUAGGCUGAGACACUGCGAAAUAAAUUGCUGUUGUUGUUAUUGCUCUUGUA